UUCAAACUACGAUGGAUUCGUUGUGGUCCUGUACUUUGAUGUCAUUAUAAAUUACCCGCUUAUCCAACAGGCGUGUUCUAUAUUUCUCAAACAGGAAGUUGUUGUUAUUUCGCACGGCUGUGUUUCUGUUUGCGUCUGACUUUUAUGCCUAACGAGUUUAACAGUUGUUAAUAUACCACUCUAUAGAUCCAAACUUCUGUCUUUCGCCUGUAUUAAACCUGCAUUAUUUGCGAGAAAAUAGGUUUUAUUGACGCUAUCACUGUUGGACAAUGUAACAGCUUGUCGCGUGUAAUAGUCGUCGUAAGAAGACUAUGUUUACGAAUAGAUUGUCGUUUAUAUACUCUCUUAUAUUAGUGAUAAGGAGACAUCAAAUAUGAGUGCCUCACCUGACGGAGGACAAUAUAGUGGCCUGUCGGAUCAGUCUUCAGAGAUACCGUGCUCCGGAGGAGAAAGCAGCAAACAUGAGUUGGAGGUAUGUACAGGUACGAACGAGGUUAAGAGCCGGGCUGUGGUGAAGUACUGUGCUGCACCGCCUCCGACCAGCUAUGCCUUGCUCCAGGAGCAGACAGACUUGAAGCUUCCUCCUGCGAACUGGCUGAGGGAAAACCCUCAGCUUGGAAGUGCUGGAACCACCGUUCUGGGAUCCAGCAGCAAGAGCAAGCCCUUUUCGAGUUUCGGCAUGGCGUAUGACUUCAUCGACAACAUCGGCGAUGACGUGGACGUCGUGUCAGACUCCGAGAACAUAAAGAAGCUUCUGAAAAUCCCAUACAGCAAGUCCCAUGUCAGCAUGGCCGUGCACCGAGUAGGGAGGACUCUGCUGCUGGACGAGCUCGACAUCCAAGAGCUCUUCAUGAGGUCUUCUCAGACCGGAGACUGGACGUGGCUGAAGGAAUUUUACCAGCGGCUGAUCGAUCAAAAGUGGCAGCGGAAAAAAAAGAGCAAAGAACACUGGUACCAAAAAGCCAUCCUCUCAAAGUUCCUCUACUACAGUAUAAACGGGGAUGCAGCAGCCGAGCGCCUGCCGGAUAACGAAGGGGAGGAGGAGAGUGGGGCGGAGGAGUUCAGCCCGUCCUGGCCUGCCACCUUCCCCAGCACGCCUUCAGACUCUGAGGAAUCUGCCGCCCCCAAAGAGGUGACAGCCAUUCCCAAAGGGCAGAACGUUCCUAUGCUCUUCAAUGAGGGAGAGAGCAGCCAGGGUUUGAGGAACGACUUUGUGCGAAACAUCAUGUGGACCUUUGAAGAUAUCCACAUGCUGGUGGGCUCCAACAUGCCCAUAUUUGGAGGGGGUCGCUACCCAGCCGUCAGUCUGCGUCUCAGGGACAACAACAAGCCGAUCAACAUCCUGACCGGGAUCGACUACUGGCUGGACAAUCUGAUGUGCAACGUCCCAGAGCUUGUUAUGUGCUUCCAUGUCAACGGGAUAGUCCAGAAAUACGAGAUGAUAAAGACAGAAGAUAUCCCCGAUCUGGACAACUCCACCUUCUCCACGCGUGUGGUGAAAGACAUCGCCCAGAACAUCCUCUCCUUCCUCAAGUCCAACUGCACCAAAGAGGGUCACACCUACUGGCUCUUCAAAGCCAGUGGCAGUGACAUUGUGAAGCUCUACGACCUCACCACGCUGUGUGAGGAGGCUGAAGAGGAGAAAUACCAGAACCCCUUCACUCUGCCGGUAGCCGUGUUGCUCUAUAAGGUGGCCAGCAACAUGAUGCUGAAGGCCAGGCAGAACAGGAAGCACUACGGGACGGUCCGAACACUGCUGCUGAACUGCGUCAAGCUGCUCGACCAGGAGAGACACCCCCAGAUCAUCGCCUCGGCCCACUACAUGCUCUCGGAGCUCUUCCAGCUGGACGAGCCCCCCGAGGCGGACAGCGACGGCUCCCUGCGCGCCGGCUCGGAGGACAGCUACAGCGACGAGGAGGAGGGCGAGGAGGAGGAGGAAGAGGAGGAGGAGCUGGCGGAGGACGACAGCGACGCGAGCAGCUCGGACGCGGCGGGCGACAGUAAGGCCAUCGCCGUGAUCCGCUCCGUGGGGGAGCUGUCGGUGCCGGAGAAGUACAAGUCCACGCACCAGAUACGGCCCAGUUACGCGUUCCCUGUGUCCCAGGAUAAGGAGGAGAGGUGCAGGCACGUACUCAGCUAUGUGUUAGAGGGGUUGAAGGCGGUGGACGGGAGCAUCAAGAAGGAGAGCGACCUGCCGGCGGCGGACCCAAACACCCCCAUCCCCCUCAAGUACGAGGAGAGGGUCGCCCCAGUGGAGAAGGGCAUCACCCUGCUCCUGGAGAUAGUCGUACCGUUCCAGGAGAUCAGAAAGCACGCUACUCGGUCGGGGAUAAUUCCCGGGACGUGGCAGCACCGCAUCAAGCAGCAGCUCUUCCUCAAGGCGUCCAAGGCCUACUACGUGCUGUCGGACGCCGCCACCAACCUGCUCAAGUACGGACGCGCUCUGCGCUACAUCAAGCUAGCGCUGCAGUGUCACGAUGCCUACUGCGCGGUGAGCAGCGUGCUGCCCCCGCGGGUGCUGCUCUUCCACACCGAGUGUCUGUCCCUGUGCGGGGACAUCCAGCUGAUGCUGGCCCAGAACGCCAACAACCGGGCCGCCUACCUGGAGGAGUACAGCUACCAGACCAAGGAGGACCAGGAGAUCCUGCACAGCCUGCAUCGGGAGAGCGGCUGCCAGGCCUUCAACAUGGCCACCGACCUGGCCACCGACCCGGAGUACCAGCUGAUCGUCAGCAGCAAGUGCUACGAGGCGUCCUACGAGCUGCUGACGGCGGAGGUGGUGAAGGAGCAGGGCGCCCAGCAGCUGGGCCAGGUGCUCAAGAGGCUGGGCAACAUCCGCAACGAGAUGGGCGUCUUCUACAUGAACCAGGCAGCCGCCGUGCAGACGGAGAAGGAAGGGAGGUCCUCUGUGUCCGUGCCGGAGCAGGAGUUGUGGAAGAAGAGCUUCGCCUGCUUUGAGAAGGGCAUGCAGGACUUCCACGCCAUCGAGGACCAGACCAACACGGCGCUGCUGCUGUGCAACACGGGCCGGCUGAUGAGGAUCUGCGCCCAGGCCCACUGCGCACUCUCCACCGACCAGAGCCGCGGGGAGUUCUCCCCGGAGGAGGCCCUCUACUACAACAAGGCUAUAGACUACUACCUGCGUGCCAUGAAGGCUCUGGCCACCAGAGGGAGCCACCCUCUGGUCUGGGACAGUGUGACCUGGGAGCUGUCCACCACAUACUUCACCCUGGCUACCCUCCUCCAGGACUACGCCCCUCUGUCCCGCAAGGCCCAGCAGCAGAUCGAGCAGGAGGUGACGGACGCCAUGAUGAAGUCCCUGCGCUACUGCGACCUGCAGACGGAGUCGGCCCGCCAGCCCCUGUACCAGUACCGGGCCGCCACCAUCCACCACCGCCUGGCCUCCAUGUACCACAGCUGCUUCCGGAACCAGGUGGGAGACGAGCACGUCCGCAAGCAACACCGCAGCUUGGCGGAGCUGCACUACAGCAAGGCGGUGCGCCUCUUCCUCAGCCUGCGGGACGCGCCCUGCGAGCUGCUGCGCACCCUGCUGGAGCGGGUGGCCUUCGCCGAGUUCACCAUGGCAGGUCAGAGCAGCAGCGGAGCCAAGCUCAAGUCCCUCACAGCGGCCCUGGAGGUCAUGAUGGACACCCGCCACGCCUUCCAGCUCAUCCACAAGGAGCUGUUCGAGAGCCAGAGAGAGCUGAUGACAUGUGACCAUACCCAGCCAAUGCCGUCCGCCGACGGGGCGGAUGGGCCCUCUUCCUCGGGGCUGAACCUGGAGGAGGUGAUGAAGCUGGUGGGCGUGUUUGAGGCCAGCUUCUCCUUCCUGCUGCUCCAGCUGGUCAAACUGCUGGCGGCCACCAAGCGCAAACCAAGCCCUAAGGACGAGGAGCUGCUGAAGACCUACAAGAGUGUGUACUCCAAGCUGCUGCGAGCUGAGAAGAGCGCGGCGCUCCACGCCCGCGUGCAGCUAUACGUGGAUCUCCUGCAGCAGCUGUCCUCGCCGCCGGGGAGCGAGGACGCCAGGGCGUGAGGACACCGCUGCACACGCAAACGGAAACCGCGUCACCCGCGAUCGGGACGUUUGAGGCCGCCACUUUUUAGAGCUCUUCGUUCGUUCGGGGACUUUUCGUUUGGGAUCGCAUCAUUUACCGCAUCCUUAGCGAUUUGCUUAAAGGCCUUAGCUUGAUGCUUUCCCCCGGUUAUUUAAUGUAAAGCUGAGGUGAAAUCCAUCUAUCGGAGGAUAGUCAACAGGGCUCCAACUUUACCACCACCACCCCCACCACCAAAGGAUUACCUCACAAUCUGUGCCUUUUUUCUAAAGUAUGAACAAUGAGCUCAAACCUUUUCUAAUGCUUGCGCCCUAUGGUUUGGUUUGUACAUUUGUCAAAUUUGACUUGCUGUAAAGGUUCGCUUGUUUGCAUGUCAGAAACCACAGACUGGGGUCAUCUAGCUUGAAUCUAGAUGCAUGUUUUAAUGUAUUAUUUUGGUGUGUUGAUAUUCAAUAAUACCAAUAAUGAUAAGUCAUAAUACGGAUUUCUUUUGAGGGUUGAAACAAAUAAGUUGAAAGGUGUUACUUUGACUUUUUUUCAUUUAACUGAGCAAUAGCCACACGCUCUGCAAAGAUCACCUUUCCACAUUACUUUACUGAGAGUUUAUAUCAGUGUCUGCUGUGAAGAAAAUUAAAGCAUUUUUAAUUUCUA